AUGGGGAGCGCAUCUGGAGAAGAAAGAGAGGGGCCCUUGGGACUUUACCUUGAGAUCAAGAUGCAAAGGAAGGAUAUCGUGUCUCCUGUGGACACAAUGGGAUGCUCCAUCACUCCGUCAUGCCGCACAGAAGAAGAAAGGAGGUUCCACAUCCUGGUUUCUCUUCUUCUGUCCUCGCAGACGAAGGACGAGGUGACCUACGAGGCCAUGGCAAGGCUGAGGAAGCUUCUUCCAGAGAGUGCUGCUACAGAUGGCGAGGCCCGUGGGGGACUGACGAUCGAGAGGGUGGCAAACUCGGACGUUAAGCACAUCAACGAAUGCAUCAAGAAAGUCGGGUUCCACAACAGAAAGGCUGCGAAUCUGAAGAAGAUUGCAGAGAUCCUGAGGGAGAAGGGUCUUCCAAGGGAAAUGAAGGACUUGAUUUCUCUCCCGGGGAUUGGAAACAAGAUGGCACUUCUGUACAUGAGUCAUGCAUGUAAUCGCACUGUCGGAAUAAGUGUGGAUACACAUGUGCAUAGAAUCUCAAACAGAAUAGGGCUGGUCAGAACCAGAGAUGUCGAGAGCACCCGAAGAGAGCUGGAGAGGGUUGUCCCAAGGAAGGAGUGGAAGACGAUAAACAACAUUCUGGUUGGGUUUGGGCAGACAAUAUGUGUUGCGAAAAGGCCAAGGUGCGAGGAGUGCUGCAUCAGAGGCAGAUGUCCCAGUAGUCUUUUUUGA